GGGGAAACUGUGGGUGUGGGUUUGAGUGGAAAGGGGAGACACAGGACAAGACAGACAGGCAGACGAGGGAGGGGAGAGGUUGGAUUGAUUGGGAAAGGGCUCGACAGUGUGCAGUGUGGAUGACGUGAAACGUGGUGAUCCAACAGGCUUUCAGGACUCCGGGUGGCCUACAGCAGCCACCAGCUGCUGCUCAUGCGAAUGACUCAACGAAGACAGACUUUUCUUUACUAGUCUUUCCUCUUGUCUUUUUCUUUUUGUUAAUUUUUUCUCGCUUUCGUCCAGUGAUAAUUUAGUGGUGGUGCUGGACUGCUUCACCCUCUCCCCAUUCAGCCCAGUGCCAGUGUCGGGGAACCCACUUCUGCGGUAGCCUCAACAAAGCAAACGAGACCGGCAGCAGAUGGGCCAGAAAAUAGUCAGGAGACGGUGUGUGUCUAGAUCGGGGGUCAGCGACGAAGAGUGGAUUCGUGGUGAAAAUAGUCGUCGUCCACAGGCUGCACAGGCUCCAUCGAAGAAUAAUGAAAAAACAAAAAAAAGAAGAAAGGGCAAAAAAAAAGAGAAGGCGUCGGUUAUGGUUGGUUUGGCGCGAGGAGGGUCAGCGGUGGAAACGAGACCGUAUCUACUAGUAGAAAGUAGUCGGGCGGAAAGAGUGGACGGCGAGAGAGGAAGAUGCAGGCGUGGGUCAAACCAAGUCAACCAACGGAGAAACGAAGCAGAAGAAAGGAAAGAAACGAGACAGAAGGAGGAGCGCGCGCGCCUGCAGUUGUAGUCUGGCAGACGGUGAGUGGAGGAUGACCGGCAGAAAAUGUCCACGGGCUGCAAGUCUCAAUGCAGUCGGGCAGCGUGUAACCGAAUAGACGGUUGGCGGGAAAUUUUAUUCAGUUUCUGGUUUGAUUAUAUAUUAUCUUCUUUAUUUUUUUGUAUCGUAAAUUGAGUGGUUUUUGUUGUGGCGGUGGUGGUAGUAAAAUGAUAAGGUUGGUUGUAUGGUUUCAAAACAGUAGUAGAGUUUCUGUGGUCCCGUCGGGGCCUGACGAAGAGGGGGAGGGGAAAAGAAAAAAAAAGUGGAUGUAGAUGGGAAAGAGUAGAGAGUAGAGUAGAGUGGAUAACCGAGUGAGUGGAUGGAGGGGAAAUAGAGAAGAGACCAGACAGAAGUGGGGUUGGAAGAUGAACGGACUGCUUUUUGACUUGUGCUAAGAGUAAUAAUGGUGGGGAUGGGAUUGGAGAGGAAUGCCCGACAG